GUGUGGGCUGGCUUAUCUCACUAAAUUCUAUAUUUUUUUUGGGAGGGGGGGGUGCCAACUUACAAGCAAUGCAAGUAUUUUUGGAUGCAUUUAAUAUCGUCAUAGAAAUAUAAUUGGACAAAAAAAUUUAAUAUUAAAUGUUAUCAAGAGUUUUAAUUAUCAAGAGGUUUGAUCGUUUAUGAAUACACGUGAUGAAUAAAUUAAUGUGGUUGUGCUUUUUAUUACAAUUGUGGUGUAUGAUAUGUGCGUCUCAAAAAACGGAUUUAGACUCGUCUAUAAAUGUAGAAAUGUUUCGUCUAUUUCGUAAUUGGGCUACGCGAAAUUUCGGUAUAAAUGAAAGAUUUAUAGCGCGGUUUGAAGGAAAAAUUCAAGACGAAAUUUCAGCAGACGUUCCAUUUCCUUGUAAUUUGACAGACAGUAGAUCUCCUAAUGUUCCCAAUUCGGUUCAUCGUUUGAGACCAGGAGACAUAGACGUUAUUGCUGCGAUGGGUGAUUCUUUGACAGCUGGCGUUGGAAUAUUUGCAACUAAUUUAAUAGAAUUAUCUAUUGAAAACAGGGGUACAUCGUUUGCUAUUGGUGGUGAAGGAACUUGGCGAACAUAUCUAACACUUCCGAAUAUCUUCAAAGAAUUCAAUCCCAAAUUAAUAGGCUAUGCACUUAGAGAUGGUCAAGUUUCUGAACUAUUUGCAUCGCAAUUAAAUGUCGCCGAGAUUGGUGCAUUAUCUAGAGAUAUGUCAUUCAUGGCAAAAUAUCUAAUCAUUAGAAUGAGACGUGAUACAAGAAUAGAUAUUAACAAACAUUGGAAGUUCAUUUCAUUGAUGAUAGGAUCCAAUGAUUUUUGUAUUAACAUAUGUGCAGUUUCCUCUCCGUGGUCCAUUUUGGAAAAGCACAGAAUCGAUUUAAUUAAAACUUUUCGAAUAUUAAGAGAUAAUUUACCACGUACUUUGGUAUCGCUUAUAAUAAUGCCGCAUCUGAAGAAUAGCAUUCUUGAACACGAAAAAAAAUUGUCAUUGAAAUGCUAUAUAAUGUCCAUUUUACAAUGUCCAUGCUUACAUGCUUUGCAAUUUCGAAAUCAGAGAGAAGAAUAUUUUGAAAUAAUGAAGAGGUGGCAAAAAAUAGAAGAGGAAGUCGCCAAUUAUCCAGAAUUUAACAGAAAAGACUUUACUAUUAUUGUUUCACCAGGCGUUAGUAAUGUUAAAAUUCCGCUUGCUGAGGAUGGAUUGAUUGAUUUAUCGUAUUUUUCUGCAGAUUGUUUUCACAUAAGUCAAAAAAUGAAUGCAUUGAGUGCAAAUAGUUUAUGGAAUAAUCUGUUACAACCAAUUGGUAACAAGACUAUUUCUUGGACUUCAUUAUUUAAAUCAUUUUUAUGUCCUACUUCCAAAAGACCAUAUUUGAUUACACGUGAAAAUUCAUAAAUCAAUCAAAAUAAAAAAUUAAAAAUAUUUAUGCAAAUGUAAAACUUUAC